GGGAGAACUGGAAGGAGAAGAAACGAAGGAAGAAGACUAUUAAUGAGCUGAGUGAGAGCGAGCAAAGGCAUAGACGCAAGUUAUGGAGAGAGCAUCAGAAAAGAAGUAGGCUCAAGAGGAAGGCUGCCAGGGCCCUAAAUUAACUUUUUUUCCACCACCAGCCAAAAUAGUAAGUAGAUGUAAAUCUUACUAGCCAAACACACACUCACUAAGUAAUGAGUAAACGUGGCUAGUAAGUACAUCUUUUGUGCCAACCAAACUGAAAAUUCAAAAGCAUUUGGCCGGUUGGCUGGUGUUAAUAUAGAGCCCUGAAGGCUGCAUCACCAAUAGCCAAGUCCUGCACCACCAGAGCCAGAUCCUGCAUCACUUAUAGCCUUGCCAGGUUACCACCAGACCUAAUCACAAGUAGGGCUGCACAAUUAUCGUGGCAAUAGUGACCUACCUUUGAGAGCGUACUUGAAGCCAGAACAUACUGACAGGCUGGUGUUUCUGGCCAGAAAUCUGUCCACCUGAGUUUCAUGCUAUUGCCUUUACAUAAUUAUUACAAUUUAUUUUAUUUUGCUCAUCCCGUAUAUAAUUCAUUCUUGGUUAUAUUUCAUCUUGUUAUAAUUUGCAAAAAAAUCAAUAAUCGUGAUUAAUAAUCGUGAUUAAGGUUUUGACCAAAAUAAUCGUGAUUACGAUUUUUUCCAUAAUCGUGCAGCCCUAAUCACAAGUGAGAUUAGGUCUGGGGACCUGCCUACUGUAAAUUCCGUAGGGGGCGGAAUACUUGGCUAUUAUGACACAUUGCCCUGCUCUCUGAUUGGACAGAGACACUGUAAAGGUCGGAAUGCUGCUUGGCCGUUAAGACACACCAGCCCCUCUCUCUGAUUGGACGGAGACCGGGACCAUGAUCUUGUCCGUUAUGAGUCAUCGUCCCCAGACUGUCUUUCAGAUCGAAACGAUUGUGUAGAACUAAAGGCAGUAUGGGAGUUCCCAGGCUACCAAUAGCCAAGGCCUGCACCAACAUUAGCCAGAUCCAGCACCAGAGCCAGGUCCGGCAACAGUGUCAGAGCUACGUCUUUCAAGGAGGAGGAUCACAACCGUCAUUGUCUGCAGUCCCCAAAUUCCCAGCCAUUGGCGACAGGAAGGUGGAAAAGAGGAGGUCAUACAAGUCUGGAAAGGAUGUCUCCACAAGGUGUGCAAUGGAAAAGGACCAACAGGUGGUGCACGUACAAGACGAGCCCAAUCUCGAACAAGAGCAGCACACACACACACAGGAAAAAACGCCCCGCCAACACCACCGCCACCGCCAACAUCCUGGCAAGCGUGUUACGAGGACAACAAAUUCUCUCUCCGCACAGAAGCUCAAGCGCCACCACUGUGACGAAUGUGGCAAGAAUUUCACACAAGCGCGAAACCUGCGGAGGCACAACCUCAUUCACACGGGAGAGAGGCCUCAUCAGUGUACACAGUGCAGUCUGUGUUUUAGACAAUGUGGAGAUCUGCGAGCGCACCUCCGCAUCCACACAGGUGAUAGGCCUUAUCGUUGCCCAUGUGGCAAGACUUUCACACAAGCGUCCAACCUGAGGAGGCAUCAGCGCGUCCACUUGGGAGACAAACCACACAAAUGUACUGUAUGUGACAAAAGUUUUGCUCAGUUAGCCCAUCUCACAAAACACCAGCGCCUUCACACGGGGAAUGAGCCCCAGUGUAGCCAGGCUUUCACAGAAGGGAGCACUGUCAACGAAUAUUCGAAGUUCGAAUUCGAGUUCGAAUAGUGUUUAAAAAAAAGCACAAAUUCAAAAUGUGUAAAUUAAUAUUCGAAUGUGGGAAAAAAAACGUGCCUGCUAAAGGUAACUCUGGCUACGCUGACUGAAAGCAGGAAGUGUAGCCCAACUGAACGGCAAGAUAAAAUAUUUAAGCUCCCAAAUCGUUUUGUACUUUUCAGCUACUUGGACAGUUGUUGCUGCAUUUCUAUGAAGUUGUCAGUUCUAACUUCUAACUGGAGUGAUGUUAAUUGUUCAUGGUCUUGACUGACUCGCAGCGCGGCUGCUCCUUUAAAUUAUCCACGCUGGUUUUGUUGACAGGUGGAGAACUCGUCUUUUGUUUGACGAGCGCACCUCCACAUCCACACAGGUGAUCAGCUUUAUCGUUGCCCUUGUGGCAAGUCUUUCACACAAGCGACUACACUCGGGAGACAAACCACACAAAUGUACUGUAUGUAACAGAAGUUUUAAUCAGUUAGCCCAUCUCACAAAACACCUGCGCCUUCACACAGGGAAUAAAUAAGCCCCAGUGUAGCCAGACCGUGGGUAGUCAUGGGUAAGCGGUUAGGGCGUCAGACUUGUAGCCCAAAUGUUGCCUGUUUGACUCCCGACCCACCAGGUUGGUGGGGGGAGUAAUUAACCAGUGCUCUCCCCCAUCCUCCUCCAUGACUGAGGUACCCUGAGCAUGGUACCGUUCCGCCGCACUAUUCCCUAUAGGGCGCCAUUGGGGGCUGCCCCCUUGCACGGGUGAGGCAUGAAUGCAAUUCCGUUGUGUUCAGUGUGCAGUGUGCACUUGUGUGCUGUGGAGUGCUGUGUCACAAUGACAAUGGGAGUUGGGAGUUGGGAGUUUCCCAGUUGGGCUUUCACUACACUUGACUUCACUUUCACACAAGCAAACACCUCCCCCAACCACUGUGAAGUGUGGCGAACGUGUGGUUAGAGAGUUGGUCUUUCUAUCUAGAGCAGCGGUGGGGAACCUUUUUCAUUCGGAGGGCCACUUCAAAUUCACCCGAGGGCCGUAAAAGGCCUCCGAGGGCCGUACUAUGAACACAAACCAGGAUUUCCCCCUGCACUUUAGGCCUAAAUUAAAGGCAUUCACCUUUAAAACAGACCCCACCUUCUCUACGUUCCCUGAAUAUAACUAAAUUGUAUUGCAAAAGCAUUUUCUAAGGUUCCUUCACAAAAUAUGUCAUAUUUCAUGUGAAGCUGCAUAAUAUUAAAAUUAUCUCAGGGGGCCGGAUAAAACGGCCUCAAGGGCCGCAAAUGGCCCUCGAGACAUAGGUUCCCCACCCCUGAUCUAGAGGUUGUCGGUUCGAACCCCCCCUGACGUCUCCAUACAUCUCCAUCCAUGGCUGAAGCGCCCAGCAAGGCACCUAACCCCACAUUGCUCCAGGGACUGUAACCAAUACCCUGAAAAAUAAUAGUUGUAAGUCGCUUUGAAUAAAUGAGAGCGUCAGCUAAGUGCAAUGUAAUGUAAUAAUGUACUGUAAUGUCGCCGGGCAUCCACAUUCAGACAUGCACAUUAGCACAUAGGAAGAGUGGCAAACGUGUAAGGGAUGAUGUAGCCCAAGGCUAUUCAAUUAGAAUUUCAUCUGGGCCAGAACUACAGUCGGGCCACACAUUUUCAGACAUCACGACCACUGAAAUUACACUUGAAAUCAGUAGUCCACGAACAAAUUUUAAACAUAGUUCCUCUAACCUAAAACUUAACCACAUUGAAUGUGAAUGUGUAAGAGAAGCAGAAGAUUCACAAGCAAUAAUGUGUUGUACUGCAGUAACAAAACUGAAAUGUAUACUGCUUCAUUUGGGGGCCAUGCCUGGGCCGCAUGUGGACUGCAUCUGGGCCGCAUGUGGCCCUCGGGCUUCCAAUUGUAUAGCCCUGAUGUAGCCUAUUGUCCAAAUCUGAUGGUCGCUAAAUAUUUCCAGACGGGGUGAACAACACCCAGACGCUGAAGGGGGCUUCAGUCAGGCAGCCCCGGUCACUACGCGAUGUCUCGCCUACUAAACUUAGGUUCAUUACAGGACCCUUUCUGUCUAAUCAGUGACAGUAAUUCCAGAAACUUCAUUGGCAACACAAACAAUGCUGAGCCCUGACCAUCAUUAUCAAUCCUGUUACAGGCUUCAGCAGCUGUGCUUAUUUGGGCGCAGCGGCCACUAUCGAAAAAAAGUUGACUACAGAACGUUGGGGAAGCCCAUUGAAAGUGAAUGGGAGCCCUCCCAACAUUCUAGAGCAGUGUUUCCCAACCAGGGGUACGUGUACCACUAGGGGUACGCGAGCACACCUCAGGGGGUACGCAGAAAAAAGUAAUAAUAGCAAAUAUAUUGAGUGUAGUCACAUUGGGAUAGAGGAUCAAAGCAUGAGUGAGGGCAAGGGGGUACUCAUCAUAUGACAAAAUGGCUUAGGGGGUACGCAGGACACAAAAGGUUGGGAAACUCUGUUUUAGAGGGCUGUAUUAUAAAUGUACUACAUCUCGCCACACAUCCGCAUUCACACAUAUCCGUUAACACAUGGGAAGAAUUAGACCAACUUGCCAGGCAAAAAAAAUUUUUUCGGGUUCAUCUACUUUACCAGGGUGGUUCUAAAUUUCUGUUCUGACAAUGCACAGAAUAUCUCGUAAAUAACUUGUAAAUGCAUGUAUGUAAGGUUAUUACAUUGUAUAAACUUGCAAAGGCUUGUCGAAAGAUCCAAAAUCAUACAGUUCUAUUUCUGUUCAGUUCAGUUUCUAUUUUAAUGAAAUUCGUGUACACUAUUGACUUCAAAGAAAACAUUAAAAACAUUGUCUGAUUCAUUGUCAA